UUACAGAUGCCACACAUGAAACAAAUGACUAUGGAAAAUGAUUCUUCUGUUUCUGAGUUUAUUCUUAUGGGACUGACAGACCAACCUGAGCUCCAGCUGCCCUUAUUUGUUCUGUUCUUGAUGAACUACACAGCCACUGUGAUGGGUAACUUGAGCUUAAUGAGUCUCAUUUCCCUAAACUCAAGCCUUCACACCCCCAUGUACUUUUUCAUCUUCAAUCUGUCCUUCAUUGACUUCUGUUAUUCAAUGGUCUUUACCCCCAAAAUGCUGAUGAGUUUCUUUUUAGAGCAGAACAAGAUCUCCUUCAGUGGAUGCAUGACUCAGCUGUUUUUCUUCUUAUUUUUUGUGAACUCUGAGAGUUAUGUGUUGACAGCCAUGGCCUAUGAUCGUUAUGUGGCCAUCUGUCAGCCACUGCUCUACAAAGUUGUUAUGUCGCCUGGGAUCUGUUGUCUGUUGAUAUUUGGUACUUAUUUGAUGGGGUUUGUUAGUGCCUUGUUCCACACAGGUUUUAUGAUAAGGCUAAACUUUUGUGAUUCUAACAUCAUCAACCACUACAUGUGUGACAUCUUUCCUCUCCUUCGGCUCUCCUGCAGUAGCACUUAUCUCAAUGAACUCGUGAGUUCUGCUGUGGUAGGUACAGCUAUUAUUUUAUGUUGCCUCAUUAUCUUAAUCUCUUAUGGUAUGAUCCUUUACAAUAUUAUUCAUAUGUCAUCAGGUAAGGGUUGGUCCAAAGCCUUGGGUACUUGUGGUUCUCACAUUAUAACUGUUAGUUUGUUCUAUGUAACUGGGCUGCUUGCUUAUGUCAAGCCAUCAUCUUCUGAGAAUGUGGGCCAGGGAAAGUUUUUCUCAGUAUUUUACACAUUUUUGGUGCCCAUGCUGAAUCCUCUUAUUUACAGCCUUAGAAACAAGGAUGUCAAACUUGCUGUGAAAAAAACAUGGAAGAGAUUCACAUGUUAA